AUGGAGCCAGACAAGCAGAACACUUUGUCCCUGAGAUCUCUGCAUGCUCCCAGCAAAGGCAAUUCCACCCUGAGGAGAGAGUUCACUGUGUACACCCAGACCUCUCAACCAUGGAACGGGGAGUCUGGGAUCCGGUCCCCAGGCAAGUCACGAGAGUUUGGCCUGAUGGUCAUCCCCCAGGGCUGUCAGCAGCGACAGAGCUUCCCGCCAGGACCUCACCAGGCUGCCAUCAGUGGCUCUGGGAGAUGCCCAGGUUUCUUUGAGAACCACCCUCCCCCACACCUAGUCCCUUUGGUUCCCAUGAGGCUGACCCCACUACAGGGCCCCAGCCUGACCAUCCAGAGGCAGUGGGCAGGCACAGCCCUGGGAGCUCUAACCAGGCACCCCUCGCCAUCACCACACCUCUGGAGGCUCUCCCAGCCAGCUAUGCUACUGGGUGGCCUCCUCAUGCUGGCCACCAUGACUGUGGCCCAAUGGAGGGAACAGGAGAUGGGUGGGCACCACUGGAUAAGCCAAAUCCAGCAUGGCCAGUGCAACUACACCUUCUUGCUGCCCAAGCCUCAGCCCUGCAUGUCGGAGCCUGAGGACUCAGGGGACUCAAACAGCCUCCUGAGGGUCUCACAGGACCCUGGGCUGCACAUAGGGGAUGGGCCAGCCCAGCAAGUGCUACAGCUGGAGCAGGUGCUGGAGAACAACACUCAAUUGCUGCAGAAGCUGGAGAGAUAUAUCAAGAUGAACUUGACGUCAGACCUGGUACGGGCCCAGCAGUACAUGGUCCAGAACCAGAUGGCCAUCAUGCUAGACUUUGGCACCAGACUCUUGAACCAUGCCAUGGCACAGACCCGCAAGCUGACCGACAUGGAGGCUCAGGUCCUGAACUUGAUGUCACGAAUGAAGAACCAGCUGCUGGAGAACUCAAGAUCCACCAGCCAGCUCGAGAGGCAGCUGCUCCUGCAAGGCCAUGACCUCCACCAGCUGGAGGGCCGCAACAGCGACCUAGAGACACGAUUGCAGGCCCUGGAGACGCAGCAUCAGGCCGAGCUGGACAGCCUCCGCAUCCAGAAGGAGCAGCUGCAGCACCUACUGAGCCUCCAGAAUGGCACCCCCUCCGUCCUGGAGCACACCCUGCGUGCCUUCCUCAGCAACACCAGUCUCCUGCACACCUGGCAGCUCCAGCUGCUGAAGUCCUUACAGGGCCUGGUGGGCCUCUCAGCACAAGGCUCAGCCCCCGUGAGGGCAGCUGAGCAGGUGUUCCAGGACUGUUCGGAGAUCCGGCGCUUUGGGGCCACUGCCAGUGGCGUCUACACCAUCCAUGUGGCCAAUAUGACAGAGCCCAGGAAGGUGUUCUGUGACAUGGAGGCCAGUGGAGGCGGGUGGACCCUCAUCCAGCGCCGUGAGAACGGCAGCGUGAAUUUCCAGCGGAACUGGGAGGAUUACAAACAGGGCUUCGGAGACCCAGCCUGGGAGCACUGGCUGGGCAAUGAGGUGGUACACCAGCUCACCAGCGGGGCAGCCUACUCUCUGCGUGUGGAGCUACAAGACUGGGAAGGCCGAGAGGCCUUCGCCCAGUAUGAGAGUUUCCAGCUGGGCAGCGAGGGGCAGCUGUACAGGCUUUCUCUGAGCGGGUACGGAGGUUCAUCAUGGAACCAGAACAAUCUGUUUCUGACGGAGGCCAACUUCAGCACCCACGACAAAGACAAUGACAAUUGCCACUGCAACUGUGCCCUGCUGCUCUCUGGAGGGUGGUGGUUUGAUGCCUGCGGCCUCUCCAACCUCAACGGCGUCUACUUUGAAGUUGGUGAUGACACGCGUAAUCUCAAGGGCAUCCGCUGGUUCUCCAUCCGGGGUCCCAGCUACUCGCUGCGUGCCACUCGCAUGAUGAUUCGUCGCGUGGGUGUCUAG